AUGGAACAACCAUCAGAUGAAUUCAUCAAACUAGUUGUCAUUUUAACAAAAGAAGAUCUUCAACAGUCAUUUGAAGCAAAUAUAGAUAAUAUUCCAUUAGAUACAAAGAAUAUAAUAGAAACAACUAGAUCAGAUGAACAGAAACAGAAAAACAGAUAUGCAAACAAAGACAUAGAAGGCAUUAAAUCAGCAGCAAAACAACUAUUCAAACACUACUAUUCUUUAGAUAGUGAUAAAGUAGUAACAUGGUUACUCUUUUUAAUGGUCAAGGGUGACUACCCAACUAUUAAAGAGAAAGCAGUACAGUUAUUUGAUAGAUUGUUGAAGAAAGAGGGAAAAGAUGCUAUAGAAUCAAUGUCACAAAUGGUAUUGGACAUAGUCAAGGCUGAAACAAUCAAUCUACUACAUACUAAACUUACAGAUACUUUUAGAGAGCACUUGAUUAGUAUCAUUGAAUCACUUGCAUGUUAUUUAGUACCUAAAGGUCUUUGGAGUUACUUGGAAGUACCAUUGAUAGCUAUCUAUAAUAUAGAAAAAAAUCAUAAUAAUGGAUCAACAUUACACCAAAAUACAAGUGCUUUGAUAGAAGUGUUAUCACAAUAUGACUUUGAAGCAGCGAAACAAAAGAUAAUGGUUGAAACUAUUUAUUUUAAAAGUGGUAUGACCGAAGACGAGUACAGAUCAAAAAUACCCAUACUACUAUCAACGCUCACUCAACAAGACGCUUUGGACGGGCCUGUUCAUGAAGCAGCUAUCAAGAGGACUGUAAAAAACCUUUCGGGUAUCUAUUACAGAAAUAAUCCAGCAUGGAUGAGGGAACUCAUUCCACUGAUCGUUGACACGUUGAUAGAGGUACUCAACAGACAUUGCAAUGAAAAAGGUUUCAAAUAUAAAAGUACAAAAGGUUCAAUAUUUAAUUAUCUGAUGGAUAUUGCCAAUAAGGAAACACUCGAUGUCUUUACCGACAAUCACAUUGAGAGCAUCGUCUCUCAUAUGUACUGGUGGUUGUCCGAGGUCAAAGAUAUCGAAUUGGACGAGUGGACAUACCGCACUCUCAAAACUGACAGAGAAGGCAACAUUUAUAACUCCAACUCUAUUGAAGAGAGUAACAUUAUCAUCCCAUACCAAUUCACCACCACCAACAAAGAGGAAUAUGUAGCCGAUUCACAUUUCAUGGGACGAUUCGCUCGUUUAUUUCAAUAUCAACGUGCUGCAGAACCAAUUUUCAAACAAUUCAACAUCCUAGUGAACUCUCAAUUGUGGAAACAAAGAUAUGCGGCAUUGAUGUAUUUAUCCAAAUCUUGUACAUACCUCAAACAAAGUAUAAAACUACAAUUUCCAGAUAUUUUAAAGACAAUAUUAAAAUUAGUUGAUGACGAAAAUAUCCGAGUUAGAUGGGCAUCAUUACAAUGUUUAAUUCAAUUAUCAAUGCAUUUUGAAUUGAGAUCAUUGAUGAUCAAACCAAGAGAAUUUCAUGAUAUAUUUGUUGUCGUUGGAAGGACGAUUCGUGAUACAAAUGAAUGUAUCCAAAAUAGUUGUUGUCUGUUUAUACAAUCAAUAGAUUCGUCAUUGACCUAUAAAAAGGAUAUUAUUGUUGAUAACAUUAUUUUGGAUGGAUUAUUUAGCUCAUUUGAAAUACUACUCCAAUCACCAAAAUUAUAUCUAGUUGAAAGUGUAUUGGUACCAUUAAUGUCGCUUAUAGAUAUUGUUGAAAAAAAUUUUAUACCUUAUUAUCCAAGAUUUAUUCCAAUUCUAUUAUCAUUGUUGGAAAAACAUCAUGGAACAAUAGAGACAAGACUUUUACGUGGUCGUGCAAUCAAGGCAUUUUCAAUGUGCGGCAGAGUGAUGAACAAUAAGAAGACAUUUUCAAAAGAUUUGUUCAAGUUUAUGUUGUUUGUUGGAAAGAAUGAAGGGUCGUUUGAUUUGGCUAUCCAGGUUUUCACAGCAACCGAUUUAUUUAUUCAAGUGGUUGACAAGUCAUUUGAAAUCUAUUUACCAAUGAUCAUGAGGAUGAUUAUCAAUACACUAGAGACAACAAUGCAACAACAACAACAAGAGGAAGAAGGAGAAGAGGAUAGAUUAACUACAUCAACCAAGACAAUAUUAUCAACACUCAUUAGUUUGAACAACAUCAUGGGCGAAUCAUAUGGCUUAUAUGAACCUUUGGCACCAUUCAUUCACAGAUUGGUUGAUCCACUGUGCAGAUUGGUAGCAUCAUCCAACUCGACUAUUCGGGAACAUUCCUCUGAAUGUUUACCAACCUUGGUGAAGCUGUCCAAACUGCAGUACGGUGAUCGUAGCGACAAGACACUAGAGAUAUUUGGCGUGAUUUUCGAUUCUAUGCUCGAUUCGAUGCUCGCCUCCUAUACGCUCAACCACUUCCAGUAUCGAUUCUCGGCCAGACAUUCAAACGCUUUAGCCCAAGUCAUCAAUGUGAUGGGUAAAAACGUAAUGACAUUUGACCAAGUAAAAUCGAUGCUAGACGCAUUUUGCAAGUCAGAGCAAGAGAUAUCCGAAAUCGCAGAACAGGUGCGAAAUGGUAACCAAGACGUAAUUGGCAACAGAGACGCCAAUAGUUUUCUUUAUUCGAUCCAUAAAUCGAUUACCGAAAUCUACAAGACGAUUGGCGAGACUAUCAAGCAAAAUGGUCUCCUUGCAGCACCACUCAUCUCUUGCUCCAACCUCUUACAGAGGUCAUCGGUCAAUCUCCACACCUAUGAAAAUGAUUAUGUCAAAGAGAAUAUACUCUUUUUUAUCGAGCAGUAUCUAGAGUAUGGCAGUGACGAGGAUCAGUCGGUCAUCAACACUUUUCCACAUAUCAUACCACCUAUGAUCGAGUGUCUGACCCAUUCUAAAUACACAGUGCGACAAAAAGCUUCGAUUACACUCGGCACAGCUGCACAAAUUGGCAAGGAUAGAUUCUCACCAUGGGUCGUCCAAGUGUUACAGGGUCUCGACACCAUGAUCUCAUCAACAUCCUACUACGACUCUAUCCCGAGUAUCGGUAAAAUACUCCGGUAUGUGCCACUCCCGCCGGAAGCCAAUGUCAAUGUUAUUCUUCCAAAAUGGUUAUACAAGCUGCCAAUCUAUCAAACAAAAGAGGUUAUGCCUACCAACCAAAACUUUUGUGCCAUUGUCCGUCUCUACCCCAACCAAUGUCUCGGUAACGAAUACCAACAUGUCGAGCAACUCUAUAGAAUCAUAGACUAUGGACCAAAAGAAGAAAAAGAAUUACUCCUUCAAACUUGGUCAUUUAUCAAAGAAUCUAUACAACCAAAUUGGCAUAACAUUUCAUCAGAAGAUACAAGAGAAAACCUAAAAUAUUAUUUAAACAAACAAAAAUUUUUGUUUGAGAGUUUAACACCCUUUUUAUAA